CAAGGGUUCGUCUCCAUACUUUGGCCUCGUGCUGCUUGACAGUGUUGCCGACCCUCCCCCCAUCCUUGACUCCCUGUCGAAGCUUUUCUUGCCCUUGUUACGUUGCAAGCUUGGUCUUGCACCCCCCAUCUCAGCUUGGUCCUUAAAAGCGCAUGUUCCUCUCUACAGGGCGCUGUGACCUCCUUGUCUUCCUUCUCUCGAGAGUGGAAGAGAUAUCCGGACCUUCUUUGCCCCUCUGGAACUGGUAUUUCCAAAAAAAAAUCACAUGCAGGCGACAGCUCGUCUCAGUCCUGAUUCUCUGUUUUACACCUGUUUUAUACGGGUCAUUCGCACCGUCAAGUGGCGUUGAUCUAUUUCAUUGAACACCAUUCCGCAACCGCCUAGAACUGGCAUUGGAAUGGCCACUGACGCCAAAAUGUCCGACACGUAUGAAAAGGGGGAGCCUGGCUUUGGCGAGGGCAACAUCCUGAAGCCGGAUGAAGCCAUCGACAUCGAGGCUAGACGCGAUUCUACCAUGGUCCAUGGUCGCAAGAUGAGCAGGAUCGGACCGCCUCCAAAGAUUGGCUCUCUGCCCGAUACUUCGGGGUCGGAUGAUGAAUACGGCAAGCUGGUCGCGAUGGAGGCCAACGAUGCCAUCAAGUAUCGGACUUGCUCCUGGCAGAAGACUGCUGCUUUGCUCUUCUCUGAGUAUAUCUGCUUGGCCAUCAUGUCGUUCCCGUAUUCGUAUUCAGUCCUUGGCCUGGUGCCCGGAAUCAUUCUCACCGUCGUGCAAGCCGCAUUCGUCCUCUACACGUCUCUCGUGGUCUGGGAGUUCUGUCUCCGCCACCCUGAGACGAGAGAUGUCUGUGACAUUGGACAGAUGCUGUUCUGGAACUCGAGAUGGGCCUGGUACUUUACGGCCGUCAUGUUCAUCCUGAACAACACCUUCAUUCAAGGGCUCCAUGUCCUCACGAUUUCGCGAUAUCUGAACACUAUGAGCGGUCACACCGUCUGUACCGUUGGCUUUGCGGCCAUUGGCGCGGUCGUCUCGUGGAUUUGUUCCAUGCCGCGCACCUUCAGUGCUCUGUCGAAACUUGCCGCCUUUUCUGCCUUCUUCACGUUCGUGAGCGUCAUCCUCGCGGCUGCUUUCGCCGGCGCAGAAGGCAAGCAUGGGACAGCUGGCUACAACCCGGAUCCGAACCACGUCAACGCACUGGGCGUGAAACAAGGCGGUGAGCCGCUUGUUCUCGCGGUCCCAAUGGCCGGGACGACGUUUGUUUCUGGGAUGAACGCAUUCCUGAACAUCAGCUAUACCUUCAUCGGACAAAUCACGCUGCCUAGUUUCAUUGCCGAGAUGAAGAACCCUUAUGACUUCCGCAAGGCACUCUGGCUGGUUACCAUCUGCGAAAUCAUUCUCUUCAGCCUCGUGGGUGGCAUUGUCUAUGGCUACACCGGCACCCAAUACAACACUGCCCCCGCGUUCGGAAGUCUGGGCAACGACAUAUACAAGAAGAUUUCGUUCUCGUUCAUGAUCCCGACGCUCAUCUUCCUCGGCGUCCUCUACGCCUCCGUGUCCGCCCGCUUCGUGUUCUUCCGCCUCUUCGACGGCACGAGACACAAGAGCUCGCACACCGUCGUGGGCUGGGUCUCCUGGGCCGCCAUCCUGGGCGCGACGUGGGUGCUGGCGUUUAUCAUCGCCGAGGUCAUCCCCUUCUUCGCCGAUCUCCUUUCCCUGAUGAGCAGUCUGUUCGACUCCUUCUUCGGCUGGAUCUUCUGGGGCGUCGCGUACAUGCGGAUGCGGUACGCCGAUCUGGGACCCGGGUUCUGGAGGAAGAGAGGGAUCCGCGGGUGGAUUGGGUUCCUGAUGAAUAUAUUCAUCAUUGUCGUGGGAUUCUAUUUCUUGGGCGUGGGCACCUACGCCUCCGUCGACAGUAUCGUUCUGGACUACGAGAACGGCAACGUCCGAGGCGUCUUCACCUGCGCCGACAACUCGGUCUAGUCACUAUUCCCUCUACACUACUGUUGGGGGGGUUUGAGCCGAACAAACCAUGGGGGGAAUCCACUGUUCUUUUCUCAACUUUCUCUCGCUUUUUCGACCUCUGCACUCAACAUUUCGAUGGACUUCCCGUCCCGUCCCGUUUACCGACCAGCAGACGCGGCACAGAGAAGGAGCGGAGUAAAAGGACGACACUGAGAGACACUCUUACCUCGCCACCCAGUGUAAUUCGAAAACUCGAGGAUCCCUCAAACCACUCACCUACUCACUCACUAUGAUGGCAACACAAGGCGAAAAGAAAUAACGGAUGGCAACGGGGAAUAUGGGAACAGGGGGCGGAAUAGCUCUGCUGUCAUAUAUUCGUACACGACGCACAGAAAGAAUGAAUGAUCAAUCAUGUUGAAAUGAUAGAGUAUAGGGGGAAAAAACAACAGUUGAAAAUGUUUAAUAAAUCUAAACAGAACUUCUUUUUGCCGUAGCUAAUGCAAUGCAAUGCGAGGCGACGCGAAGGUUGAGGGAACUGUGACG